AUGGCUUCUCGACUCCAAUUCGCACUUGAUUCACCUUUGGCUCGUCAUCGCCAGUUGUCGCCCACCGCAGCUAUUCGCGUCUCCCCGAUUGUCCUUGGGCCAUUGAACUUCGGAGACAAUUUCAAGGAAAGAAUGGGCGAAUGCACCAAGGAAACGGCCUUCGCCAUUAUGGAUCACUACUACAGUCAAGGCGGCAACUUCAUCGACACCGCGAACAACUACCAGCUUGGCCAGUCCGAGGAAUGGGUAGGCGAAUGGCUUGCGGCUCGUGGCAAUCGCGACGACAUUGUGCUAGCAACGAAGUACAGCAGCGCCUACAUGACGCACGAUAAGCAGCGGCUUCAGUCCAACUACGGUGGCAACAGCAUCAAGUCACUCAAGCACUCCGUCGAAAAGUCUCUGAAAGCGCUACAGACCUCUUAG